CCUCUAUUUAGAAAUGGAAAAUUCAAAAAUUUCUGAAGUACCUUCAGAUUAUAUAUCUGUUGAUUUAAUUAAACUAGUCUAUCUUAGAUAUUAAGGAGAAAUGGAAUAGAAAUUCUAAUAAUGUUCCAAAAUUAUUUUCUUACGAUAUGCAGCGUUGCUCUUUUUUUAUAUAACUUUUUUCCGGUGUAUACUGAUAUUCCAAAUAGUGAAAAUGAAUUCCCUUUACAAGUUGGUGAUGUAAACAUUAGUUUAACAAAAUUAUAUCCACCACAUUUCGGCAAAUUGGUGUUCUUUGUCAUAGAUGCUCUAAGGUUUGACUUCAUUACACCACUAUUAAUGCCCUUAACAUAUUCCCUUGUUAAGGAUAAGGGAUGCAUCAGUAAAGUUUUAGUUGAAAGUCCUACUGUUACAAUGCCUAGAAUAAAGGCAUUGGCUAGUGGUAAUGUUCCUCAGUUUGUGGAUGUAAUCAGAAAUUUAGCUUCAUCUGAAAUAGUAGAGGAUAGCUGGCUUCAUUCAGCAAAACGUAAAGGUUUAAAUUUAAUCUUUUAUGGAGAUGAGACCUGGUUAAGGUUGUUCCCAGAUAUGUUCAUUAGAUCAGAAGGAACUUCAUCAUUUUAUGUAUGGGAUUUUACAGAAGUUGAUGACAAUAUCACAAAAAAUGUUAAUAUUGAAUUGAACAGAAAGGACUGGAACAUAAUGAUUUUACACUAUUUAGGUCUAGAUCACAUGGGCCAUGUCUAUGGCCCAUAUUCUUCUAGAAUACCUUUAAAAUUGGAGGAGAUGGAUAAAAUAAUCCAUAAAAUCUUUAAAAAUACUUUAGAUGAUAAUACACUAUUAGUUGUAACUGGAGAUCAUGGGAUGAAAGACAGUGGUGGACAUGGCGGAUCAACUGUUUCUGAAGUUACUACCCCCCUUGUUUCCUUAGGACUCAAGUGCCAGGAUUCUUCAUUUCUUCAGACAGAUGUGGCGGCGAAUUUAGCGGUUUUAAUGGGAAUUCCAAUACCUUCCUCUAGUAUGGGCCAAAUUCAGGAGUCUUUGCUCUCAAAUAUGUUAUCUAUUGAACAAUAUCUCUUUGCUAUGUACUACAAUACUAAGUCACUUUUACAAAAAAGAAAUCUGUGUACAGGAGAAUUUAAAUUAGCUUCCGAGCAUCAUACCACAUUUUUAAAACAAAAUAAAAAACUUCACGUCGAAUUGGCAAAUAAAUUUUACAAAACUUGUUCAGAAAAGAUUAUCGAUAACUUGAGGAAGGACAUGCACAGGCAAAACUUUCUGGCUCUUUUAGUUGCAGUAUUGAUUCUUUUAAAUAAUAUCCCAUUAAUGUUAAAUAUUUUUUUUGACAUUAAGAAAAGACAUAACACUCAAUAUUGUUUAUUAUAUUCAAUAGGUUUAUUAAAUUUUUUCAUUAAUUUCACCAUUCUCUCAUAUAUUUCUUUAUCUGUAUUAAUAAUCAUGUGUAUUUUCAAUUUUAUUCAUUUUGCGAAUUACUUUACUAUGUGUUCAUUAACGGUCAGGGAAAUCUUAAUAUUUGGUUCCUGUAUUGUACAUCCUAUAACCUUCUUCUCAUCAAGUUUUAUAGAGGAAGAACAUCAAAUGUGGUACUUCUUAGGCAGCACUUGGCUUAUAAUAUUAAUAAGUGAUAUCAGCGGCUCGAGAAAAUUAUUGUCUAAAGUAAAAUUAGUUAAGUUAAUGGUAAUCUUAUUAGCAUUGAGGGGAGCAAGAGAAAUUAAUGCGAAUAUAGAUACCGAAUACUCAGAUAAACUGAUCAACAUUGAAGAUUGGGUUUAUUCUACACUUUUAAUUUUUACUUUGUUUACUGUUUGGUAUAGUUUAUGUGACAUUUACAAACCUCCAAAACUCAAAUUGUUGAAUAUAUUGAUACUUUUCCUCAUUUUCACACUAAAGUCUUUCAACUUUUACCAAAUCCAAUGUGGUAAAAUAGUGUGGUUUUUAAUAAUUAUUCAAAUUUUUAUGAGCAGAAAAAUUUCCUUAGAUUCAUGUAUUUUAAUUGGCACACUUCUUGUCCAACCACAUAAUACAAUUUUAAUAUCAUUGGCAAUCUAUGUUGCACGCGAGUUUUACGAUUACGAGCAAUGCGAAAAUUCAACCCUUAUUCUGUACCUAUUUGAAAACUUUUAUUUUUUUCUGCAAGGUCAUAGAAAUACACUAGCCAGCCUGGAUAUAUCGGUAGGAUAUAUAGGCCUAAGUGAAUACAACCCAUUGUUUGUUAUUCCUCAAGUUGUCAGUCAUCUGUAUAUUUUCCACAUUUUGUUUCAUAUGUAUGCUUUAGAAAGUUCGCAUUUCUCUGGUACUUUUGGGAAAAAAAUGUGGAACAUUUUGUUUCUUUUACGAAGCUAUACAAUGCUAUUUGUAUGCAUAGUGCUGAUAAGUUUUAGUAACCACUUAUUUAUUUGGUCAGUAUUUUCCCCAAAAUUCUUUAUUGAAAGUGCUCAUUCCAUGUUUUUAUUUUUUGAAGGAACUGUCUGGCAUUUAUAUUAUUUUCUAAAAAAACACUAA